AUGUCCCAGCUGCGGCCACAAGCUCGAAGGGAAACCAGAGUGAAAUUUGACCCAACGGAUCAAGAAUUGAUAGAACAUUUAGAAGCAAAAGUCUUAGUUAAAGACAUUAAAUCUCACCCUCUCAUUGACGAAUUCAUCCCCACCAUUGAAGGCGAAGACGGCAUUUGCUACACUCAUCCAGAGAAACUCCCAGGAGUGACUAGAGAUGGUUUAAGCAGACACUUCUUUCAUAGACCAUCGAAGGCGUACACAACGGGAACAAGAAAGCGAAGAAAGAUUCAAACGGAAUGUGACAAUAAUAUGCAAGGAAGUAGUAGCUCCGGUGAGACGAGGUGGCAUAAGACCGGUAAGACAAGACCGGUUAUGGUUAGCGGCAAGCAAAAAGGUUGUAAGAAGAUUUUGGUUUUGUAUACAAAUUUUGGUAAGAAUCGAAAACCGGAGAAAACCAACUGGGUAAUGCAUCAAUAUCAUUUGGGGACACAUGAGGAAGAGAAAGAAGGAGAGCUUGUUGUGUCUAAGAUCUUUUAUCAGACUCAACCUAGACAAUGCAAUUGGUCAUCUUCUACAUCAAGCUUGAACGCUAUAGGCGGUGAAGGGAGUAGCGGUGGAGGCGGCGGAGAGUAUCAUAUGAGGAGAGAUAGUGGAACUACUAGUGGUGGGAGUUGUUCUUCGUCUAGAGAGAUUCUUACUGUUAAUCCUCCAAAUCGAUCUGAUGAAGUAGGCGGCGUUAUGGCUGUAGCGGCUGCGGCGGUUGCAGCUGGUCUUCCAAACGCCAUUUUUUGGGGUCCAAACGAUAUUUUACGCCUAGAGCUCUUUUGGAGCUUCACGAAAAGUGGUUGGUGGCAGCAUACGGCCUCACGGUCUUCCAGCUACGCAUUUUGGAAGUUUCAGAUAGAAAUACAGAAAAAAAUUAACAAAAAAAGGGGUGCAACACGAGGACUUCCCGGGAGGUCACCCAUCCUAGUACUACUCUCGCCCAAGCACGCUUAA